AUGGCAUCAGACUCAUCCAUUUCAAAGGAAGGACCAACUGCCCAUGCCGAAGCUGACCCUCAAGAUGACAUCCUUGAUGCUGCUGAUCUUGAAAUCGUCCAAUUGGGUGCAGCCGUGCCGGAAACCGAAAAUGCCCCAGCUGCGGCUAUCUCAGGUGCUCCAGAGAUCCCGGCUGCAGCGGCUCUAGAUGCAGCCGCCCAACCUGCAGCCGCCCAGCCAGCAGCGGCACUCCCUCUAGCAAUCGAGUGGCAGGCAGAAGAACCACCUGUGGCAGCCCAACCUCCAGAAAUGGAAGAAGUGUCUUCAUCCGAUUCGGAGACUUCUGUGAAUUUGGGACCCAGGUCGGCACCUCAGCGACCAUUCGCAGCAGCCGACGAGUCGGCUGCUGUUAUACCAGCUGUCUGCCCUACUCGACCGACCUCAUUGCUGCCCCCCUCACUGACAGCAGUCCGCCCAGAGGUAACACAUAUCUUAUCUGAAUAAAUUUGCACCUCCCUUGGAAUACUUAUUGACAUUGUAGGACUUGCAGGGGCCUUCGGACUUAGCUGUCCUAUCGACUG